AUGUACUGUUUCCUCUCCAACCUCUCCUUCCUUGACAUUAUGGUUGCAACAUCCAUUGCCCCAAAGAUGAUGAGGGACUUCCUUUCACAGCAAAAGACCAUCUCAGUCUCUGGCUGCAUUGCCCAGUGCUACUUCUACUUCUUUUUCAUCUCCACUGAAUUUAUCCUCUUGGCCGUCAUGUCAGUGGACUGCUACAUGGCCAUGUGCACCCCACUGCACUACUCCACUAUCACGAGUCCACGGAUGUCUGUUCAGCUGGUGGUGGUGUCUUGGGUUGGAGGCUUCUUUUCUGUCCUCUCCCCCAUUAUCAUCAUCUCCCAACUGCCCUUCUUUGGCCCUCACAUCACUGAUCACUUCUUUUGUGACACUGAACCAUUGAUCAAGCUCUCCUGUGCCGACACCAGCCUGCUAGAGUUUAUAGAGUUUUCCCUUUCCUCCAUGGUACUGCUAAGCUUGCUGAUGCUCACUGUGGUGUCUUACUUAUACAUCAUUGCCACUAUCCUCAGCAUCCCCUCCACCACAGGUUGGAAAAAGACCUCCACCUCUACCUCCCAUAUCACAGUGACCUCCGUCUUCUACGGCAGUGCCAUCUUCAUGUAUGUGGUGCCCAACAAAGGGUUCUCCUUCGGCCUCAAGAAGAUGGUGACUCUACAGACUGCCAUUGUCACCCACUUGUUGAACCCUUUCAUCUACACCCUGAGGAACCAGAUGGUCAAGGAGGUGCCAAGGGACACUGUGUCCUAUUUUCUGAGUGGUGAGAAGAGCUUCAGGAUGAAUGGUAAUUAG